AUGGAUGCCAUCAUGGAACGAUUAAAUUCCAUUGUCCUCGAUCCGGACCUCGCUCCCUUUUUGGCUAUCAUCAAAGGCGCUCGAAAUGGCGCGGUGUACGGUGCUAAAGUGCGGUUUCCGCACGCACUGGUGAUGAUAUUCCUAUUCAGAUCGGGGACAAUCCGAGAAAAGACUAAGCUCGUCCUGAAAGCCACUCGGCUACAUGCUCGCAACCUAGCGACCUUUGCUAUCGUAUAUAAGGCAACACUGGUAGUUCUGAGGAUGUUGAGCCCUACGGCGUCCCGAAAAGAGGGUCGAUAUGAUACCUUUAUGGCCGGAUUGUUGGGAGGAUAUGUCGUCUUUGGCCGAAACCCGGGCAGCGUGAGCCAACAGAUUGUAAUCUACGUGUUUGCGCGAGUGAUGCUUGCUCUUGCUAAGAUCGCCAUCCAACCUAACGUCCACCCUCUCUCUCAUCUGAUCACGCCAGAUACCCGAGAAAAGAUGACAAAUAACGCCUGGCCAGUUUUCGCAAGCUUUACGUGGGCCUUUGUCAUGUAUAUCUUCCGCUGGUACCCCGACACAUUGGCCUCGAGCUUGCGAAGCAGUAUGAAGUACAUUUAUGCGGAUUCUGAUCAUUGGGACUCAUUCCGUAACCUCUUGAUUCACAAUAAAUAA